UUCCCUAUCCGAUUAGCCAAUCAGCACGUUUGAAAAAUCUUGGCAUCCUGCAUCGCUCAUAUGUACAUCUGCGCGUACAAUUGAUCAGUAUUGAGCAUACAUGGCGCGUUUGAAAAAUAUCGGACAACGUAUUUGGCAUCAUAGAAAUCAAAGAAAUAUAAUAUAUUGUAUAAUUAAUAAAUUUGUACAGGCCAAAGUUAUGAGCGAUUUUAAUUCGAUAAGAUGUUGAUCUAAUAAAUUCAUAACCUGUUAGUAUUGGUUAAUUUGUACAUUUAUUUCUAAACGAAAUGGUCAAAUGUGCUUAUUUUUUAUCGCGUAAAACGUCAUUAGUACUUUGCCAGCCCAGAUGUUCAAGAUUAAACAUGAUACGGAAGUUUGUGGAUGACAGACCAGCUAUUAUUCUAGGAAUCGAAACGAGCUGCGACGAUACAGGAUGCGGAAUCGUAGAUACCACAGGAAAGAUAUUAGGCGAGGCGAUAAAUUCGCAACAUCUUACUCAUUUAAAACACGGUGGCAUAAUACCUGCAAUUGCCGGUAAAAUGCAUAGACAACAUAUUACUACAGUUUGUGAAGAUGCACUAAGAUCGGCAAAUUUAAGAUUAAGAAAUAUAGAUGCUAUUGCAACUACUACAAAACCGGGUCUUCCGUUAUCGCUUGCUGUUGGAAAUGAGUUUGGCAAAUAUCUCUGUAGGAUUGGUAACAAACCAUAUAUACCGAUACAUCAUAUGGAAGCUCAUGCAUUAACUGUACGAAUAGAGCAGAAAGUAGACUUUCCUUAUCUUGUUUUACUUGUAUCAGGUGGCCAUAGUUUAUUAGCAAUUGUUGAAAAUGUUGAUAAAUUUUAUACACUGGGUACUACAUUAGAUAAUGCGCCUGGUGAAAUUUUGGACAAGAUUGCUCGUAGGCUUAAACUUGCAAAUAUGCCAGAAUUCUCACAUAUGAACGGUGGUCAGGCGAUAGAAAAUGCAGCAAGUAAAGCGUCAAAUCCAACUAAAUUCUUUUUUGAGCCUGUCUUGACAAAAAAAAGAGAUUGUCAAUUUAGUUUUGCAGGUAUAUCGAACAAAAUUUUUAAAUAUCUCAAUACAGAAACUUUUGAUAUUGACGACGUGUAUAAUUUUUGCGCUGCCGUACAAUUGUCUUUCGCAAAACACAUAUGUCUCAGAACGCAAAGAGCAAUGGAAUUUAUUAACAAUAUGAAUUUGAUAUCGCAAGAGAAGCGAACUUUGGUAGUAUCUGGCGGAGUGGCUUGCAACAAUUUCUUAGCAAAGACUUUAGAAAUUGUUUGCUUAGAAAGAGGCUUUAAAUUCGUUAGAACUCCACCUCGUUUAUGCAAUGAUAAUGGUGUAAUGAUAGCAUGGAACGGAGCAGAAAAGUGGAUGACAAACAUAAACGUUCUCCGAGAUAGAGAAGAAAUCGAAAUGGUAUCCAUCGAGAAAAACGCGUCGUUCGGAGAAAGUUGGAUUGAAAGAGUACAAGAAGCAAACAUAAAAUGUAAAUUAGUGAAAUUAAAUAGACUUUAAACAAA